AUGCAAAGCCAAACCGCCCAGCCGCCGGAAUCUCUUCUUUCGGAUCCGGCUGGGGGCGUUUCAGCCUCAGCCUUCAACGGCUUCGUGUCCACGCGACCGUUCAGGGCAGACAUGCCAACUCAAGUCCGAGCCAACGUUCGCCCUGUCGUCUUCCAUCACGUCGCCAACGAGCUGUCCGAUCCGUGCGAUCUCAUUCGGCCUAUCAGAGGAUCCCUGAUGGCAUCGAGCUCAGCCCGCCUCCUGUCGCCCACAGAACUAAAAAUUGCAUCGGGGGUAGCCACUGGUUAUUCCCUUUCGUUCGAUUCAAAGGACAGGUUUUCAUUUGAACCUUCCAUCCAGACGAACCAAAAUGCGCCUGUACCACGAGGACAGGAACUCUGCGCUAGCAUGUGAAUCACUUUGCAGCGAUGAGAGCUAUCAAGCACCGCAUUCAAUUCAACACGGAUGCGGAUUUCUUUUUUCUCCCUUCCUUUUUUGCUGAUAAUCUGUUGUCAAAGCACCCUACAAAUAUGAAAGGCUUGAGAGAGCGAUGCGAAUGCCCCAUCUACGGGCCCAGCUACGGGAUCUUCCUACGACUGUCGACUUAAUUGACCUAGGCCAUGCUGUCGAGCAGCAAGUCCGAAAUUGACUCCGUCUUUUUUUGGCCACGCCCAUCUUGAACUCUACGGAGACCUAUGCGUAACAAGAUCUCUCGUAUAAUGAGCCAGAUUUUCAAGUUAUAUGCAUCUGUGCGGCUGCAUACACUUCCACUCGAACAGCUGAAAGAGCGCCAAUCCCAAUUCCGUUUCCAUAACUGCCCCGCUAGUUCGAUUUCGUUUGGCUAUGCCGAAUGCGAGAUAUCAAAGCCAUGAUGGGCAGGCAAGCGCAGCUGAAGCUCACGAAAAGAGUUCCAAGCAUGGAUGCGACUUCAAGGGAGGUUGACUCCAACUCCUUGUAUGUACUGUACAUCGGAACUUUGAUAUUGAAGAUAGUCAAAAGCGGUUUUUCGAGCCUAGUUACAUAUUUAGCAGGUCAAACAUACAUGCGUUGCACAUCCCAAC